AUGCAGGAGCUUGUUGAUAGUUCUAAAGAUAGUGAUAAGCCCGUUUCUGAAGAUCAGGCUUUUCAUAUAGUUUUGGGUUACAACUCGGGAUAUUGUCAUGGACUUGGGUAUGGACAGUCAGCCCCAUCUAGGAGGAGAGAUAAUGUGGAUGCCAACUAUGAACAACUAUUCAGGGAUAAAAGCCAGCUACAAGACCGGUGUGCGAAUCUUGAGGAGCAUGUGACUCAACUUAAUGAAAAACAAGCUGAGUCUAAUCAACAACUUGCAGCGACUACUGACAAAUUGACAAGGGUAGAAGAAGAACUUGCAGAAUUUAGGAGGAUUAUGGCGAACCUUCAAGCUAGAGGCAACAUUUAG